AUGGCGGCGGCCUUCCUCCACUUCAUACUCGUCAUGGCGGCGGCCUUCCUCCACUCGGUCUUGCAGGUCGAGGACCACUGCCGUCGUUCUCCAUUGGAACGGCUGCCUCUACACCGGUGUCUAACCCCAGCAUCGGAGGGAGACGCCGCGUCGGAAACUGCCUGCGAGUCGCUGCUGCAGGAUUUUGGGGAGUCAGGUUCUUGUACAAAUAAUUUGUUCUAUGUAGACCGUACCAGUGAGUUUGCUGCAUCUACUAACGGCAGAGAAGGCGGCUGGCGUGGCGCUGGAUAUAAUCCAAAUUUUGAGAACGCUGACGAGUAUCCUCCACGCCCGGAACAUGUAGAAGCACCUUCUGCAAAAGAGAUUGAUUUGAAUGCUUUGGCUAACAAGAAUAACAGAGAACAGUACACUGUCGAAGACAAGCGUAAUAUUUACGCUAUGCUGCUUGCUCGAAAUGGAGAGCGUGGAAGGUUAAAGAAGGGGGUUUUGGAUUCUGUUGUACGUGAUGGAAAUUGUUCUCGGAGGUGCGCGAGUAAGAUUUGGAAAGAAACAAAGACAGGAGGUGGCGUUAACUCUAUCAAGAACAAUUUGAAGUUAAAAACGGGAAGGAAGAAAAUGAGUUUGGAUAUUGAGGCAUUAGAAGCCAUUCCACCUGGUGAGAGGACCACAAUUCGACAAGUUGCUGCUGGACUUAACAUGUCCAAAAGCACAGUUCACCGUAGGUUGAAGGAGAAGGUAAUGAGACGAGUUUCAAAUGAACUGAAACCUUCAUUAACUGAAGCCAACAAGAAGGCACGUGUGGCGUAUUGCCUUGAGAAUUUGGAGCCAAGUUCAUUGGAGGACAAUCCCACUUUUAAAGCUAGUUUUAACAAGGUUCAUUUGGAUGAGAAGAUCUUCUACCGUACAAGGAAGACACAGAAAAUGUACUUGAGUCAUAGAGAGGAAGCACCAAAAAGAGAAUGCAAACAUAAAAACCACAUCCCGCAGAUCAUGUUCUUGUCGGCUAUGGCAAGGCCAAGGUAUGAUUCUCAAGGAAAUUGUGUGUUUGAUGGAAAAAUAGGUGUGUGGGCAUUUGUUGAUUGGGUGCAAGCUCAAAAGAAGAGUGCUAACAGAGGGAGAGGAGAAUGGGAGCUCAAGCCUUCAUCUUCAGUGGACAGGAACAAAAGUAGGGAGUACAUUGUGCAGUAUGUACUGCCUGCUAUAAAGGAAAAAUGGCCUGAGAGUGAUAGAUGGAACACCGUGUGCAUUCAGCAAGACAAUGCAAGAACUCAUGUUUUAGCAAAUGAUCCCAUUUUUGCAAUGGAAGCGGCAAAGGGAGGUUGGGAUAUCAGAAUUGUAAAUCAACCACCAAAUUCACCUGACUGUAACAUACUUGAUCUUGGGUGGUUUGCCUCCAUUCAAUCUAUGUUCCAUAGGAAAAUGCCCAAAACCCUUCCAGAGAUUGUUCAGAAGGUUAAUGAAAGCCUUGCUCAGUACCCACAUCGUAAGCUUAAUAGAAUCUGUCCUCUCAAAUUCAUCCUCAAGUUCUUCCACCUCGCCUUGUGUGACUUCCACCUCGCCAUCUGCCUCCUCCACCUCGGCAUCUGCCUCCUCUACCUCGGCAUCUACCUCCCCCACCUCGGCACAGACCUCCUCCAUGCCCUCCACGUCCAUGAUAGUUGGGGGGAGAUGAGGCAAUGA